GGCCGUCCAGCGGCCACCUCGCCGGCAGCAACGGCGGCGGCGGCGGUGCUGUCUUCUCUCGUCCGCGGGGCUCCGGCAGCGGCGGGGCCUUUAACGGCGGCGGCGGCACCGGCGGCACCGGCGGCGGCGGCGUCGCGGCGGGCGACCCGGCGCCGCCCGAUGUGGAGGUACUUCUCUCCCGCCUCGCGGCUGCCGCGGACGCGUCCGCCGCCGGCGCACCCGGCGGCGGGGGCGCGGCCGACGUGCUCGCCGCGGUCAGGGCCGUGCUGGCGGAGUAUUCUCACCUCACGGCUUACUGCGCGCGCCUGGAGAACGCGGUUCGCGCGGUUGCGCCCUACAUCGCCGCCGGGCGCCGCGUGCCGGGCGGCGUGCUGCAGGGCAUCCUCACCGGCCACCCGCAGCAGUCGCUGCCCUCGCCGCCGCGGCCGGCGGGGCUGCUGCCGCCGCC